GUGCUCACAAGGCGAACGUGAAGAUUGAAAAACCCGAUGCAAGCCGGAAAGAACACAGAAGUGACGUAGAUGCUGCGUUGGUUAUUCAGAGUACAUAUAGGAAGUGGCGAUGUCAGAAAGUCUAUCACCAGUUGCGCAAAUACAAGGAAAAGAAAGAACUGCAAAUGAUUUACUUUGGGCAACAGGUGGAAGCAUAUAUUGGUGAGCUAAAGCAAAUUUUAGAUAAAAAUAAUUUCUCUGCCAAACCCGUUCCACUGCCAGAAUCUCAGAAAAUGGCAACAGCACCACAAUCGGAACCAAGUUCCGCUACCGUCGCCUCCAAAACAAACGGUCAGUCCAAAAGGACCCUGGCAACUGUCGCUAAGCAGCAGCUUUUGGCCGCAGCUAAACCGGAUGUUAGCGAAGAACGAUUGGAACACAUGCAAAAGAUGAAACAGAAGAAAUCGCUGCUUUCUGAAACGGAAAUGAGCUAUUAUUCUCAGCUGAACACCAAAGAUGAAAAUGACAAUUUGCACAAACCGGAAAAUAAUCAUGACGACCAACUAGCUGAGGUUGCAACUGAUGACAUAGCAACAGUGAACUCAAAGAAAAAAGUGAAGAGAGUGAUGUCAGUAGAGGUCGAGACGUACUACAGCAACAUAGCGAAGAAAUCUGCUGCGAAGGAGGAAAAAGAAGAUGCACUGAUGCUGGGUGAAACUGCUGCUACGAUGUCUAGUAAACAUAUUGAAGAUUGGGACAUGCCUUUAAGACAUGCAAAAGACAGAAUCCUCUCUACACCAAGCUUAAAUGUUCACGAUCCACUUCCGAAUGAUCAACACUCGAUCGACGAUGACUUCACAACGGACCGAGAGGAAUUCUUUCAGGAAUCUACUAAAGAUGACCUAGUGCGAACUCUCCAAGAACAGUAUAGACAAAGUGCGAAAGGAAAAUGGACUCUGCUACAGCAUAUAUUUCAUGCAGGACAUUUUAAAUCAUGGGUCCAAGUUCCUGAUAACGAAGAUGACCUUGACGUUGAGGUCACCAAUGAAGACACCGUUCAAAAGGAAUCGUAUGGCAAUGCUAGCCAGUACGAUUCACCAUCAUUAAGACCUCGAAAAACAAUAAUCAAUGUAAAUAACGAUAAUAAGAGUGACUUUCCUCCAUCGCAAAAAACCUUUUCCGUUCGACCAGCACUGAGAGUCAAUUUUUCCACAAGUGAACCAACCAUAAUUGGUGCUGAUGACGCGUCAGAGCCAUCAACUCCGCCUUUUACCAACGGAUAUGCUCGGGAUGUUGUGAAUUACCGAGGUAUUUUGAAACGCACUGAUAUCGACCUCGAAUCAUUAAGACAUACGGAAAGCACCGGAGAGAAACCUGUGUAUGACUUUAGAAAACUAUUGCGAAAAACUGGGAGACUGGAAUUGAUCGCAGCAAGUAAUAACUAAUUGCGUUGUUGGUAUUUGUUGAUUUGAAAUGACCUAUUAAACAUUUCACCUGUAUUAGAUCAAACACUUGUGUUACAUUCUUGAUCAAUGGAAGGACUAUAUCUUGAUAUAAACAAUAUGAGUAGUUUUUAUUUAAAUAUACUUAUUAAAUAUUAGCCGUUCCUUUUCCAUUUCCGACAAAAGCGAUGAAAUUUUUAGAUUGCUAUGCUUUAACAUGAUUUGCAAUUCUGUUGUGUUUUGUAUGUAUGUUCUUGAUUUUCUUGUUGUUGUGUCUUGUUAUAUGAUCAACAUUUAUUAGCUCGGCUGUUUUCGGAGAAAACCCGAGGUAUUGUCAUAGCCAGCUCGCCGUCCGACGUCCACCGUCCGACGUCCCCCGUCCGCCGUCCGCCGUAGGCGUCGUGCUAAAACCUUAACAUUGGCUCUAAAAUCAAAGUGCUUCCACCUACAUGCCACACCCAUUUUUGGUUCACUAGGUCAAAGGUCAAGGUCACUGUGACCUCUAAUAUAAAACUUAAACAUAGGCUUUAAAAUCAAAGUGCUUCCACCUACAACUUUGAAACUUCAUAUGUAGAUGCACCUUGAUGAGUUCUACACGCCACAUUUUUGGGUCACUAGGUCAAAGGUCAAGGUCACUCUGGUCACUGUGACCUCUAAUGUAAAACUUUAACAUAAACCUUUACAUUCGCUUUAAAAUCAAAGUGCUUCCACCUACAACUUUGAAACUUUAUAUGUACAUGCACCUUGAUGAGUUCUACACGCCACACCCAUUUUUGGGUCACUAGGUCAAAGGUCAAGGUCGCUGUGACCUCUAAUAUAAACCUUUACAUGCGCUCUAAAAUCAAAGUGCUUCCACCUACAACUUUGAAACUUCAUAUGUAAAUUCACCUUUCUACACGCCACACCCAUUUUUGGCUUGGCUGUUUUCGGAGAAAACCCGAGGUAUUGUCAUAUCAAGCUUGUCGUCCGCAGUCGUGCUAAAACCUUAACAUUGGCUCUAAAAUCAAAGUGCUUCCACCUACAACUUUGAAACUUCAUAAAUAGAUGCACCUUGAUGAGUUCUAAACGCCACACCCAAUUUUGGGUCACUAGGUCAAAGGUCAAGGUCACCGUGACCUAAAAAAAAAUCUUACAAGCUUUCGCAGCCGAGCGUUGGCACCCGUUAUGCGGUGCUCUUGUUGUAAAUUUGUUAUUAGAAAAAGCAAUAUGAACAUUAUUUAUAACGGUAUGAUGUUGAAAUAUGCAAUAUUUUACACAGUUUCCUCCUUGAAAUAUGCAUAUCUAUUUAUUAUCGCACUGUUGAUUUCUUUAAAGGGGUCUGCAAACAGUUUGGUAAAAUGACACUGUAAAAAAACUGUCAAAGAUUCCCCAAAAAUGCAUGCAAAAUAUUCAAAGAAGCAAACUAACACCCCUACUUAGACAAAUGUGUAUAUAUGCCCAAUUAUUGAUUGUCAGCAUUCAAAAUUAUAAAAAUCAUAAAGCGUUUUUAACGCUUCGCACUGAUAAUUUAGCGAAAUGGUAUAUAACCGACAUAGCGUUUAAAGUACGAAUCACAAUAACAUCCUGAUUGGUGAACUGUGAGCGAGUACGCGUUUGCUUUUAGAGGUCCCUGGUUCGAACCUAUAGGCAGAUAUAUUUUGUUGUAUCGUUUACCUUGUUAUUUAUUUAUUUGAAGCUAUUACAAGUAUACAGUUCUGUAAGUAAAUACAUACAAUGUUGUUUUGUUUUAAAUACGAAAUGGGAUAAAAUGUUUCCUUUAAAAGGGACCAGUUUAUUGACAAUCACUUUAUUAUUUAAAUGUACCAGUAUAAAUCAGUUCAAUUUUCUUUUACGUUUACUAUGAAUUUUGUGAUAAUAAAAUGUCUCUUUA